AUGAAGUCCCGUCCAGCCACUGCGAGUGUGCUGCUGCCCGUCGCCCUCUGCCUCAGUUUGGUCCCCGUCUGUUUCGGAGCUGCAAUUCCUAUUUCCUGUGGGUCCAUCUACAAGCGUUUUGCUCAGUGUUUACUCACACUCGGGGACAGUUUGGUGGAAACACAGAAAGACCAGAACACGCAGGACAUCGAUGCGAUCUGCAGGUCCUGGAACGCGUUCCAUGUUUGUGCCAACUCGGCUCUGGCCGGCUGUCCUGGAGAAGCAGCAGCUGUCUGGGAGUCUCUGAGACAGGAGUCCAGGAAGACGCAGUUCUCUGGAAACCUCUACGCCAUGUGCGCCAGCCGCACCACCGUCCCGCCCAGCACUGUGCCUGCACCCCAGAGCCCCCCGACCUCAGACCAGACCAACCAGGAGACGCUGAAAGGGCAAACACACCACCACAGCCCCACCCUCAUCACACUGUUGCUCCCUGUCUGCAGCACGCUGCUAGUUCUGCUCAGGAGUUAG